AUGGAAAAAGAAGUCAUGGGAGCCCAGGAAUGUGAUUCUUCCGAUGACUCUUCUUCGCUGUGUUCAGUUGAUUUGGGGUUGGGAUUCGGCCGCAAACCUGGCGGGCUUCCCAAGACGGACGAUGGUCAAAUUAGCGGCGAUUUAGAUAUAUUGAAAUUAUUCUAUAAUCCAUCAUCACCUACGGUAGAACAGACAGAGAGCAGUGAAGUCUCUGGAAAAGACGAUCAAUUAUCCAAGUCAAUAUCGUGGAGAAACAUAAAAGAGAGCGUUGAAUGCUUCAAAGAAAAGGGCGGGCUAUCCAAGAAGAUUUCCAAUUGGGGUUUGCCAAAGAGAAGCUUUUCGUUAAGACUGAGAAAUAGGACAAAUAGUGAAAGUCUAAUACAAAACGAUGAUAAAGCUUCAGGU